GGACAACGUCGAAUCGGCAUGCCAAUUGCCAAAGAACGUAGUCUUGGAUUUGCGGGGCACUGGCCCUUGUCUCACUCCGACAAUUUAAGGGAUAGGGCAAUUGCUAGCUCAGUCGACGUAUAACAGGAAAUUGGGAGUCUACUUGUUGGUAUUGAACUGCAUCCCGAAGCAACCUUCGCAGAUCAAGACCGCGACUUGUCACUUCAUACUAUAAACAUGGCAUCGCACGUCCUCGACCCACAACUGCACGUGCUCCUACGUGUGCGAGCACUACAGGCGAUCGUGUACGGCGAGGCAAAGCCAGACUCACAAGACGAUCCGCUCUUGCUGCAUCUCGAUGAUGACGCAACAGAACCGGGCGCGCAAGAGACCAGCCGAGACGUUGGUGGCGAACGUGAAAGAGCAUCAGCCUCAGCGGAGCAAGGCAUGCCUCCAAUCGCGCACCAAACGCGAGGAUCACUCGCACUGCGGACGCAACGAGCUCAAGAGCAGCUUGACAUGUUUGUAAAGCAAGAGGAGGCGCAAGCGAUUUCCACUUUCUUGGCGCAUUAUGACCGUGACGCAGCAUACCUCUCGCCCUCAUUCCUGCUUUCCGGCUUUUUGCCGUAUGCAGAUUCGCAGCUAUCAUUCUCCGACCAGGCAUCAUUAUCAUCGUCACUACCAGCAACCUCAAUAGGUGGCACGCCAAUCGCGCCUGAGUCGCAACUGAGCCUCAUGCUCGAGCUGGCGCCCGUAUGGCGGACGUUUGCAGUUCAGCUCGAAGAGUGUGAUGUACUCGAGCGGAGGGGUGUCCUGCAAAUCUUCCCCGCGUCCUCUAUGACAGUCACUGCCACGGCCAGUAGCAACGAAUGGCCGCUGAAACCUGCUUCUUCCCGUGCGAAUGGAGAUGCCGAAAAACAAAUAGUGGAGAUGGACAUGUGCCUUUCUGUAUUCAGCGAGGGGAAACAAGCGCAACUAAUACGAGAGCAGCAAGCGCUCGAGAAGCGACUCGCCGCCUUCUUGGACACUUACUCGAAUUACGUCGAUUCGAUGAGUCAGCUCUUCGUGCAGUGGGACCAGGCCAUGCUGGACAUGGAACGCUCCGUCAACAGGCUGGAGGUGCAGCAACGGCGCAGAUUAGAGGCCAUAUCUGCAUAGCCCCGGCAUGGGCCCAUUUAUAUAUAUCAUAAACUGAACACACUAAAGCAUGUUACCCUGGCCGAAUCUGCAGGUUUCUCAACGCACAUGGUCGCUCGCUCCCUCCCACGAGAACGCCCUCAAAGGGUUUAGUACACUUUGAAUGUCUUUAGUAACGUUUGUGGUCAAAAUCUCUGCA